GACGCUCAGCUAGCACCAAGAUCGUCGGGUCUCCGUCUCCUGUUGGGGAAGAGUGGCUGUAGAAAGGUUGCAAAAUUAUUGGAUUAUUGGGUGCAAUUGUAGAGGCCGGUAUUGCAUAAUGCCUGUGCCAUAAAAGUUUUUCACGAACGCGUGUUGUCAGCCCUCGGCUUUCAUAUCCUACUUAAUGUAAGUGGGAAGCAGAGUACGAUACUAGUACUCCGAGAUUUCUUUCAGGCCGUUAUCUGCGUGUUUCGGUUUUCCAUCUAACAUGGCUUCUCAUAACGGUAAUGGAAUCCAUGGUGGAAAUGAUGGUUCCUCCAGAGGAGUGUAUAGUGGCAGAUAUAGAAACAGACAACAUCCAAGAGGAAAUGAAAGAAGGCCAAAUUUUCCAAAUAAUCAUCCAUCUUCAGUCAGUGGGCAUAACACCAUGGAAGGACAGCACACCCAAGAAAUAGGUGAUACAGUACCAAACACUGAAAGUUCAAUUUCAUCAACAGCACCCAAACCAAGACGAGGAAGGGGCUUUGCUGGAGCACCCAGAAAUGCAUAUAGAAAUCAACCUCAAAGUCAAUAUCAAGUUACUGGCAAUAAUCCAAGGCAAGGAUACACUUUAAGAGAUGACUCAUAUUAUGCACAUGAUCUGGGUCCCCCAAGUAGAAAUACUUCAUCCCAAGAUGUGAGACAACACAUACAAAAUGUAAACGUUGGUGGACUCCAGACCAGAAAUCCCCAAAAUUUAUCUCAGAAUGAUUCAGCACAAGCUUCCGGAGGUUCGUCAUAUGUUGAUGGGCGAGCCAAUCGAAUGGAAACUAGUUAUGCGGAAAGGGGAGCAUCAAGCAGACCAAAACAAGCCAGAGGCCCAAGAAAGCCAUUCAGACCUCAGUACACAAAAGACUACGUAGAAAGGGAUCGUUCUGAAAGAGCCUCUGCCGCCCCGUAUAACAAUUCCUCAUAUCCACCUGACUCUGCGUCAACAUCAGUUACCUCGGCUAGUGCCAAUCUGGAACACCAACCCUUUGAAAAUAUUCGAAGAGAGUACUCAAAGUACGAAAACCGACCACCUUUUGAAGCCCAAUAUGAAGGUAGAAGUGGCAGCAGAAACACUCAUGAAAAACAUCGUCGAGAUGAAAGGAGUGGAGGCUAUGGUUCCCAAGAAAGAUUUCGCAAAGGUGAAAGCAGUGGAAACUAUGCUUCACGAGAUCGCUACUGUCCAGAAGAGCCUAGAGUAUCUACUUCAAGCAGCAUAGAGCAAUCGAGUUUCAAUAGGCCAUCUCGGAUUUAUGAUUCUCAAAAUUGGCGGUCAGAGGGCUUCAAAAAAGGGAUCUCUGCUCGUACGCAAAAAAUUGGCGAGGCUAUGGCUGACACUGCCAUGCAACGUGAACGUUUGACCACGCAGCUGACCAGCGGGACUUACGAAUGUAUGGUCUGUUGCGAAUCAGUUAAGCCAGCACAACCAAUUUGGAAUUGCAGUCAAUGUUUUCACGCUUUCCAUCUCGGUUGCGUGCGGCGUUGGUCCCGUACUUCACAAGACGAAAGUGGACAUUGGCGUUGCCCUGGAUGUCAAUCGGUCAGCACGUCUCUGCCUAACUCCUAUUUGUGUUUUUGCACUAAAAGAAAGGAUCCAGAAUGGAACCGACGUGAAACUCCACAUUCUUGCGGCGAAGUUUGUGGCAAGGCACUGGGAGAUGGUGUUAGUUGCACACACUCCUGCACUCUUCUAUGCCACCCAGGGCCUUGUCCAAUCUGUUCGGCCCAAACCCAACGUAAAUGCCCCUGUGGUAAAUCGUCGCAGUUGGUUAAAUGCGGAUCAUCAGACGCAUUACUCUGUGGUGAAUUAUGUGGCAAGCAACUCUCCUGUGGGCUGCAUACAUGCCAAGAAGCAUGUCAUAUUGGCCCAUGUAAACAGUGUCCGCUCACCGUUCAGCAAGUCUGCUUCUGUGGCCAGAGCAAUAGGGAAUUGCCGUGUUCUAUUGAACAUCCAGAAGAUGAAAAAUUUUCAUGCGAUCUUAUUUGCAAUAAAAAAUUGAGCUGCGGAAGACACAGUUGCCAAAAAAAGUGCCACAUUGGCGAUUGUGGAACUUGCCAACUUGAAGUGGAUGUCGUUGCUACCUGUCCUUGUGAAAAAGUUCAGUUGAAGCAGCUUUACAAAACUAAGGGAGUUGCAGAACGUAAAUUUUGCACUGAUCCUAUUCCCGUUUGUGGGAAAGUUUGCGGCAAAAUUAUGACAUGUGGUCCUGCAGAGAAUCCGCACGUUUGCGCAGUGCUUUGUCAUGGAGGUGCAUGUCCGCCUUGUCCGCUUUCAACAGAUCUGCGUUGCCGGUGUGGCCGGAACGAGAAAAAAUUCCCAUGUCGGAAACUAAGUGAAAUAGAAGAAGUUUUAUGCGAACGACGUUGCAACAAAAAGCGCCAAUGUGGACGACAUAAGUGUACCCAAGUUUGCUGCAUUGACACGGAGCACAUCUGCCCAAUGGUUUGCGGUCGUACGCUCAGUUGUGGUCUUCACCGAUGUGAGGCUUUAUGUCACGCUGGUAACUGCAAUCGCUGUCAUCAAGUGUCUUUCGACGAACUGAGGUGCCACUGUGGAACUCAGGUGGUGUAUCCACCGGUACCCUGUGGAACACGCCCGCCCGACUGCAACAAACCGUGCACCAGAGUGCGUCCGUGUGGUCAUUCUCCAUCUCACAACUGCCAUCCAGACGCUAAUGGCUGCCCUCCGUGUACUACUUUAUGCGAAAAGUUUUGUUAUGGGAAACACGAGAAAAGGAAGAAUAUCCCGUGCCAUUUAACUGAGGUGAGUUGUGGAAAGCCUUGUGGGCGCCCCAUGAAAUGUGGUAAACACACAUGCCCCGUCAUCUGUCAUCCCGGUCCAUGUCCGUCUACUUGCACGCAACCGUGCCCAGUCCAACGAACUGACUGUGAUCAUACUUGCGGCUUACCAUGCCACGAAGGAAAUUGCCCAGGGACGCCUUGCCGUGAAAAAAUUAAAGUUCAGUGUCAGUGUGGUCAGCGUACAGCUACUGUGUCUUGUGAAGAAAACGAGCUUUCUUACCGGAAAAUGGCAACGGGGCUGUUGGCAUCUAAGAUGGCCCAGUUGCAGUCUGGCGAGUGUGUUGACCUUAAAGAUCUAUUGGGCAAGAGCGCCGCUAAUAAGACAAAGAGUCUGGAAUGCAACGAAGAGUGUGCUCUAGUGGAGCGAAACCGACGUCUGGCACUGGCGUUACAGAUUAAGAACCCCAAUCCAAAACCGGGCGCCCCGCCUUAUCCUGAUUCGCUAAAAGAGUGGGCCAAGAAAGACCAGCGCUUUGUGCAAAUGGUACACGACAAAUUGACCGAAUUAGUCCAACUGGCAAAGCAAUCAGUCGGAAAAAUGAAAAGCCGGAGCCAUUCGUUCGACUCGAUGAAUCGCGACAAACGUCAGUUCAUCCACGAAUACUGUGUUUUCUUCGGUUGUGAAUCUAUGUCUUAUGACGACGAACCGAAACGUAACGUUGUAGCCACAGCUUUUGGAGAAUUGUCGUUCUUGCCCGCUAUCAGCAUCUUAGAUGUUACACGUCGCGAACUGGGGCAGCGUAAAAUGCCUGCGCCACCUCGAGGUCUUACUGUUCUCACUUCAGGUCAACAGCAGCAGCAGCAACAAGUGCCUCAACCGCCACAGAAGCCACCAAAUGCAUGGGGAAGUGGUGGUUCCGCUGCGCCGUUUAGAACCUUGUCUGAUGUCGUUAAAAGCACUCCAGCACCCAAUAAUGCAACAGAAUCGCCUGCCCCGGACAAGACAUCUCAAGAUACUAAGCCACCUGUGGUUGAUUAUUUUGAUUUUACUUCAUAAGAAUCACGCAGGUGUUUUCUGAGUUCCUUAAAAUUCACAGGUGUAUGGUACAUUUCCUUAUGAGAAGUUAAAUUAAAAUGCGCUUUGGAAGUU